CAAAUUCCAGGGGCCCAGUCUGAGCUCCCCGGUAAGGCUGGCUUGCACUCUGGACCUUGUUGUGUCUCUUGCUAGACUCCAUAAAGAGAGGCCUUGCACCCACCCUUCCCUCAUCUCUUAUUCUGUGCAUACACAAUGCUAGCUGGCAUGGAAUCACAGAAUCUGAAACAAAUGAGCAAUCUCAACCAUCUCCUCGGCUCCCGUUCCAAAAGGAUUUUAAGCUUAUUUCUAGUUUUUACCCUUCCUUUAAUCUUGCUAGGUGUGGCCUUCUGGACAGUUGUAAUAGCCGCGGUGUGGUUAUCUGUCCAGUUGGUCAAAAUAUUUCUUCGGCGACAAAGAAAUCAGGUUUUAACAAGAGCCAGUGCACUUCAGCACACGAACCGUUUUUGACCCUGCCUCAGCGAACCAGCUCUAUCUGCCGGUCAGACACGCUAUUCUUUGCCGGGUGGCGAGUUGUUGAGAAUGGAUGUCCGAUCUCUGUUGAAUUCUCCAGAUGAGGGAGAGAGGAUCGCUGCUGUUGCAUUAACAGAGUUGAGGAACAGACCUCAGCCUCCGUUCCAAAGCCAGGUCAAUUUUCCACACAGGGGAUACUUCUUGAUUGGAAUGGGUGACAUGAUGUCUCGUCCGAGUGUCCCCGAUAGUGAGUUCAUAGACGUGAAGGCAAAUAUCACCACACUACCCGUUGAACUGAAACGGCAGAUUGCGGGCCACCUGAACACGAAAGACAUCGCACAUCUAGUCCGUACCUGCAAAUCCUUCCUCCACUCGAUCGAGCCAUGUCUUUAUGAGACAGUAAACUUGGACGCCUCCAAGAAGGCAUAUUUGCAUGUGUUGAAAUUGUCGGCAAUGAUCAAUAAAGAUUCAACCCUGGCUGGACAUAUCAAAACGAUCGAGAUCGGUGAUCUGAGAAAAGAUGAUACCAGACAGGUGGACGAAAUGAACGAAUUGGUGAAAACGGCGGGAUGGGAGACCAGCCCAUCGGCGGAUGAAAGCGUCGCACGCUUGCUAUCUCAAUUGGGCAGCCUUAGGUCAUUUUGCCUUAACCACCUUCAUGGCGAGGUGCAUCUAGCCACCUUUAACUUUGCCACGCUGCCAACCCUCACCACGCUCAAAGUGCCGGCGGAAUCCCUAGUAUCACGUCAAUCGCCACUAAUCAAUCAUCUGCCUCCCGCAUUGGAAUGUCUUUACGUGAAAGAGGCGAACGAUGAAGCGAACGAAGACACCUUGCCCCAAUUGCUGAUAGAUUAUAUCACCGCAGCUUCAGCAGAGUUAAAGCUGGUAUCCAUUCAUUCAUACGCCGAAUAUUGGGAAGACAGAGCCUACUUGUUGGACAGCGCGUGUAAGAAUUGUGGAGUGAAACUAAAACUUCAAUACCGAGGAUGGCGUGAAGCCUGGAGUUGCGGUUAUGUGGCGAUUCUGAAAACAUGGAAUAGAGGAUAGUUGAAACCGAUAGUGAAUAU